UUCGUUCAUCCAUAACUGAAUGAUAGACUACCUACCCUCUCUCCUCCUUCCAUCCCACUAAGUGACUACCCUCCCAUCAACAACCAAGAAACCCACCAACCACGCAUGUCCAUCUUACUAUCAUAUUAUCAUCCACGUUUAUGUUUUCGUGAUGCGCGAGCCAUGCUUUCUCCUGCCUUUGUCUUUCUGUUUUGGUUUUUUGCUUUUUCGGCGUUGUCACUGCUUAUUCUGCACUGUUUUUGCUGUUAUACUACCCUACCUACUUACUGCAUACCUACUUAUGAUAUCAAUGUGGAAGAAGAACCAAAAGGUCAUCGUGAUAUAAUCUUGGAUAGAUGAUGUGUGUACCAUCUGUUUGUUACUGCUACUGCCACUCUCGGAGAAAUACAA